GAAAAGCCCAGGAGAGUAACCGGGGUGGGGCCCACCUCGCGAGGUCUCUCUCUCUCUCUCUCGACCGAUCCGUCGCUUGUCCGGAAGCGAAGCAAUCCACCUCUCCGGCCGCCGCCGCGCGCUCCCGAUCUCCGGCCACGGGCCCCCGAGGCUCCGCCGCGCGCGCCGCCGACGCAGGAGACCGGACGCCCCGCGUCCCCGGCCCUCUCCUCGAACCAAAGGUCUUGAUUGAAACAUGGUCGCCAUGUCAACGCUUGCCGCUGGCUCGUUGCCGGGAACUGCAAUCACCAACGGUCUCCUAACGAGGAGGGUCCAAGGUUCACAAUUUCAGAGAACUCAAGUGAACGGCAUCUCAUUUGAACGGGAAGUUUCUACUAAAGCAACACUGAGGAGUGUAAAAUGCAAUGCUCAAACCCAAAGUGUUCAGCGCAAGUCUUCAACCGUGACUGUCAAACGAUCUGAUCCCAAAGGGAAGGUUCAAGGACCUAAGCUGGAUGAUGGGAGCGGUGGGUUCCCUCCAUUCCGUUUUGGCAAAGGAGGCGGCGGUGGUGGAGGGGGCGGCAGCGGCAGCAGCUACUUUGGCGGGUUCCUCCUCUUCACCAUCGUGUUGCUCCUGGAUUACCUCAAGGAGUUUGAGAAGUACCUUCUUGCUCGAAAGCACCGUGCCGGAGACGAUGACGAUGCGGGCUAUGACACAAGCGGUGGGAUGCUAGGGCAAUCAUCAUGAUGAGUCCUGUUAGCAGUAGUCGUCUCUACCUACUAGAAGUGCAUCAGUCAGUUAACUGGCUUUGGUUAUGUUACAUACCUUUGUCUUGGAAAAUUCAUGCCUAUGCAAAGCUCAAAAUAUUUAUAGGAUUGUGUGUGGUGAGAUGCUUCAAUUUGAUGCCAUCUGGUUGUUGUGCCGAAAUAUGAAGAAAUUCCAUUUAUGUACAACUAAGAUUUUGCUAGAA